GGGCCGCUUUGUGCGCCACACACAUGCAAACUAAACGGACACUGGAGCACCAACAAGGGAACUGUCCUGCCGCAACUCUCCUGCCGAGGACUUUGUAGUUACACGGAGGCUUUUUCUCCUGCGUUGCUUUUCUCCUGUUUACGGAAAGCCGAGUGGACUAUAACCUGAAACUUCUCCGUCGCUGGGACUGUAAAGAAAGGCUGAUCCAAGAUGAAACCCGAGCUGGAGGACCAGAAUGGCUGCACACAUUAAACACCUGGAAUUAUACUUUCUUUGACAACAGUUCAAACGAUUGCCAAAUAGUUCUGAAAGGAACUCCUGAAGAAGUUUCAUUUUCCCCUGUGGAUUAUAACAGACUGCCAUCAUGCCUAUUCUCAAGCAGCUGGUGAAUAACUCGAACCAGUCGAAAAGGCGGUCUCGUGCUGACCUGACCGCUGAGAUGAUCAGCGCUCCACUGGGGGACUUCCGUCACACCAUGCACGUCGGCAGGGGAGGAGACGCCUUCGGGGACACUUCGUUUCUUAGCAGCCGAUCAGGGGAGCCUCCGAGGGAGCCGGAGACAAAGCAGGGCUCCCCGGGGCCCAAACCGGGGCUGCUGUCCCGCACCUUCAGAAGCAGCAAACGCUCUCAGUCUGUAAACCGCGGGGACAAGUAUGACUACAAUAUGAUGGCGUCUUCUGGUGGCUCAUCCAGCUAUGUGAAAAACGCCAUAUCCCUGCCAUACUUAAACGAGGAGGACAUUAACAGAGGCAACCAACUGCCGAAGAGCGUUUCCUCAAGCCCCAUGAAGAGGCUUUCAGAGAUCGAAAGCAAGCCGGUAAAUGGAGCGGCAGCGAUGGCAACACUGGACGCAGAGUUUGAAGAGCGUAAUUUCGGCGAGAUUACAGAUCUGCCCCCAUCCAUGCCAAAAGGAAGCGGAAUGAAGCAUGCAGAGUCCAUGAUGUCCUUCCACAUUGACUUGGGGCCCUCCAUGCUCGGGGACAUUUUGAGCGUGAUGGAGAAGAAAGGCUGGGAGGAGGACGACCUCGGCUAUGAAGAGGGCAAAGGCAGCGAGGGUCGUGCGUCACCCUCUCUCAUCCCGCACAUAGACGACGAUGAUGCGGAGGAGCAGGCACCAGCGAGGCCGCCUCGCAGCAUGUACCAGCAGAAGCCUAUGGUGGAUCCCUACACCCCGGAGCUACACACACGAAACAACCACCACAACCUGGACAGCUGCUCCAUGUCCAGCGCCGGAUCUGUCAAUGAGGAGAAACCUCAGUACCACCUCCACGAUGGCGACACGGACAGUGCAAAGUACAGCUCACCACGUGGGGAGGAAGAUUUCACUUUCAUGGAUGACGACGAGGAUGAGAUUCGAGUGUAGUGAAUAGUCUUGGACGCUAACGGGGAGGCUGGAAAAGGCAGCGGAGGGAUUUAGAAGCAGUGCUGCUUUAAGCUUCUUGUAGAUCAGUCUAAUUUCUGCACACUUUGUUCAACAUCGUAUAUCAAACCCAUUAAGCCUUAUUCACUGUGCUGUAGCAAGAAGAUAUGAGCUGAGUUCCAGCUAGAGUGCAUACAUGCUGGCUCCCAAAAAGGAACUUUUAAAAGGUUUGGGUGCGUUGAUUGUUGCACAUUUUUGCAACAUCACACUCAUCUUUUUUGGGGAAUUUUCCAUUUUCAAAGACUGGCUCCUGCACUCAAAUGUCCUUCUCAAAGGUGCUUUGAGAAAUAAAGGGUGACCCCAGAUGCCAAUACAUGAAUAUCACAUUUGGGGUGUGAUAUGUGGGAAGGAGAAGGGUAUGCAAGGUCACAAACCGGAUGUGGAAGUGUACUACAGAUUCUGAACGAGGAAGGAAACUGACAAGAAGUGAAACUCUUAGUGUGGGACUGAUCAUGGAGCUUAAUUUCCCAAUGACAAUGUCUUUGCAUAGACACUAAAUAGAUAAAGUAGUUAUUACUUUUGUCCACGUCAGAGUUUAAGGAGUGGUUUCUGCUAUUUUUUACUUUAUUUUAUGUACAUAGAGCAUCUGGAAGUUGGUCAAUGGUAGCCUGUUGUACUUUUUAGUUUAUCAUUUUGCCGCUGUCUCUCUUUGGCGUAUGGCGUUUUCGGACCAAAAAGUUCUGGGGACUCCCUGAGAGGAAUUGCCCAUUGGGAGAACGACAUCUUCAAAGGCUUUUUUCUGUUUGCAUUCACACCGCAAAGAGGAACGCUGAGGUGACAUACUGUAAGCUGGCUGGUAGUUGGUAUACAGGGUUACUGCAGUCAUGGAAAACUUGGAAAAGUCAUGGAAUGCCACAGUCUUAUUUGACAGGCCUGAGGAAGUCAAGGAAUUAGUCAAAUCCUUCCAAAUUUUUUGUAAUGAAAUUGUUACAGUUAUCAAAUGUGGAUAACGGCCCACAAAAUGUAACAUAAUGGAAAUUUUAUUUUCUGUAGCCAAUGUUAUAACGCGGCUCUAAUAUGCGGCUACGCUUGAUGUGUUGUUUACCAACAAUGUUUGAGUUCGAAUACAAAUCAUUAUGUCUGAAUAAUGUUGGUCAAAGGGGGCAAAAAAAAAAACAAUGUUGUGACAGUAUAAUUUAAUAUGUAGGGUCAUGUAUCCCAAAGUGAGUAGUUGACAUGGACAUUGUUGUGUGUUUGUUACUAGCAGUGUUGAUGCGAACUUUGGUUUACCUACUCUGGAAGUAGAGAAUUGUAAUUUAAAGGUUAGAAGCAAACGUUUGAUUUGAAUGAAUUAAUCAACAGGCCAACCGAACUAUAGGCGGCCACCCUUGACAGUCAUGGGUUUUUGUUUUGAUUGUGAUUUAUGUUGUGAAUGGUCAUGGAAACUUUAUUAUUGAUCCUUAAAAAAUCACAGAAAAGAAGAUUUUGUCCAUGAAAACGUGGAAAACCCAGAGAACAGCACCAUCACUUUUCGCUUGGGAGUCAAAAAUCGCAUUUCUACCUCUGCAUAUACACUCAGUAAAGCCUGGACUUCACCGUUGGUCCAUUUGUCUACGCUUUCUUCCAUUUUUUUUCAAUUAUGAACUGUUGUUUGCAUAUUGUGGUGUUUACACGUCAAACAAGCUUUAAAAAAGUUGGUACUGGUGCUGAAUUGGCUGUGUUUAACCAAUCAAGUACACUUAUGUCACUCAUCGUCAGUGGAAUAGUGGUAGUUAAUGAGGUGGGUGUACCACGUGGUAGACGGGUAGGUUAACCUGGAGAAAGUGGCUAUACUGUCCUGAAUAUACCAAUGGCUUUUUGGCUAAAAGGUGGGCCAGAAAAAAAGGUGGGUAUACCUGUAAUAACAGCGUAGACCCUCUAUUAAACAAUGGCACAUGGUUGCUCUUGUGCUGGGAGAGAAUGUAGGAGCUAAAAAAGUCUCUUAAAAUGGCGUUCUAAGAUCUACAAUUGUUCCUAGUUUUUGCGGUGUGGAUACAACAAAAAGGGGGUUCUUAGAACUGUGAAAAAGCUCCUCCGGUCCGAAAACGCCUGUAAUCUUCAUUUCUUAAAUUCACAGAGAGCUGUGGUAUUUAUUCUCAGAAGGGAUGGAUCACACUUAACGUGCACUGCUAGGUCUUAAAAGUUUAGAUUUGAGGUUUUUCUGAUGUGUUGAAUUUCUUACAAAAACUUCACGGUACUACAGAGUGAGCCGGCUUCAUUUGUAGAAGUUGGCUGCAUUGGCACUUAAUUAUCGGACUCAAAGAAGACACAAAAUUGUCUAAGUUUCAUAACUCCCGCUAUCACCAUCAAGGCAAAGCUGUACUAGACGACAAUGACUUCUGUUAUACAAAAUAACCCGCUGCUAGUGAAGACUUUAUAAUUGUGAGUUGUGGAAAAAGAAGGCCUUUUGUAUGUGUUGGACGUCCUGCAGUUUUUAAAAGCAGGACAGAAGUGGUGAUUGUGGCUAAUUGUGUGUAUUUCCGUGUCAUCAUAUCUCAUUCCACAUCAUUGCUGAGUUUGGUAGGAUUAGCAGGUCAGCAGAGAGGCGUAACCAUGUCUGAUAGGGAGUUGUUGCAGUAGACAAAUUGUAUGAACCUAAUAGUUAUUGCUCUAUAUCCAAAACUCUCUCCAGACAUGUGUUCACGCUCGUCUCUAAAGGCAGACGACGGAUGUGAAAACAUGUACAAAGUGUUAUUAGAGCGUAACUACUUAAUAGAUGGGCAUCAGUUAUGUCUCGGGGCAGUGAGAGCGGCAGAUAUUUCCUGGACUGGCCCCACAAGUGAUACUAGCCACCUCGUCUACACAACCCAAAUCACACAGUAGGAACAGAUGAUUAAAUCAACCCAUCAUCUGGCCUUUCCCUGUCUACUCAUUAAAUGUGCUGGAUUAUUGGCCCCUAACCAGCUGGAACUGCUCCAGAAACUGCAGGGUUAGGAACAGACAGGUGGGCUGUUUCUCUUUGACUUUUUUGUGUUUUAUUGCUUUUACAGUGCGCGCUCGCUCAGUCGGCUCCUCCAGGUAACUUCACGCUCUAAAUAAGGCACAAAGAGGUGAACUCCCCUCACCAGUAUCCCCUGAUUAAUGUCUGACCUUUUUUUUAGUUGGUGUUAGAAAACUAAUUGCCAGGUUUGACGAACGAGAGCUCUGAAUUUCCUGUUGUGGCGUUGAUGCAGGGGUGUGUACGCAGAAUCAGGAUGCUGCUUCUGCCUCGGGUUAUUGUUAAUGUUUUGGAAACACGUGAACAGGCUGUGAGAAGUUCUGAACUUAAAGGGAUAGUUCUGAUUAUUUUUUGAAGUGGGUUGUAUGACGUACCUAUCCGUAUUUUCGUGUUACCUACAGUCAGUGGUGAAGUGCAAUUAAAUACAUUUACUGAAGUACUGUGCUGAAGUACAAAUUUGAGGUAGUUGUACUUUACUUGAGCAUUUUCUUUUCAUGCCAUUUUACACUUUUAUUCGAUUGCAUUUUGGAGGAAAAUAUUGUACUUUUUUACUUCACAACAUUUAUCUGACCACUUUAGUUGCUUAACAAAGUAAAUUGUUUAUGUUAAAACAUAAGACUUCAUAAAAAUAGAUUUUUUUGACAUUAAUUAAAGUAC